GUAGUUCAAAAAAUCAUCUUUAAAAAUACAUCAACAUCAAAACUAUUCAAAACAAAACAUUUUAAACCUGAUCUGGUUCAAUAUAUUUUAUUUUCAAAUUUUAUGUUGAAACUGCAUAUUGUUUGAUGAAGAUGUCGACGAUUAAUAUAGAUAACAAGAGUUUCCCUACAGAAAAUAAUUCCAGUAAUGAAAAAACUUUCAAAGAAGCUGGUAUUUUGGCAAAGGGUGUCAUAGAUUUAUAUCUCCCUAGUAUAAUAAAAGCUGAAGAACAUAUGCAGGGGUUACAGGAUAAGCAGAAAGUGUUGACUGAUCAUAUGCAUGAACAAAACAUGAAGAUAGCGAAAAUUCAUGAUUUAGAAUUGAAGAUGCAAAUAUUUGAUAAAAUGAGAAUUUACGAGAAGAAGUUGUCUACGCUAAAAAAGGAUAUGAAACAUCUCCAUGAGUGGAGCAUUAAAUUGAAGGCCAGAGCUCAGAAAAUAGAAGAGGUGUAUAAGAAUAUAUAGGACUUCCAUGAGAUAAAGACUAAUGUAUAGCAGUUUUUGUAAUAAUAUAUCUAUAUAAAAGACCGAAAAUAUAAUAUUUGAA